AUGACGAAGUUUACCCACGUACGGGACUGGCCGCUGCUCGAGUCUGCUCUGUUUGUGCUUAUGUCGUAUGCCGCUUUCCUCAUAGCUGAAGUAUGCGAGUUAACAGGUGUUGUAGCAGUAUUAUUCUGCGGUAUAUGUCAAGCGCACUACACUUACAACAACCUUUCCUCGGACUCUAGGAACAGGACCAAACAAUUGUUUGAGCUACUCAAUUUUCUCGCUGAAAACUUCAUUUUCACAUACAUCGGUGUUUCGAUGUUCACUUUCCCGAAACAUCACUUCGACCCCUGGUUCAUUAUCGCUGGAUUUCUAACGUCAACUUUAGGCCGCGCGGUGAACAUCUACCCGCUGUCGUUCCUUCUAAACCUGGGAAGGAAACCACCGAUACCGAUAAACUUCCAACACAUGCUUUUCUUUUCCGGUCUCCGCGGCGCGAUGUCGUUCGCGCUGGCCAUCCGCAACACGGUGUCGGAGGCGCGCCAGGCGAUGCUCACCACCACGUCGCUGAUAGUGAUCGCCACCGUGGUGCUGCAGGGCGGCGCCGCCUCGCACGCGCUCGCCUACCUGCGCAUACCCACCGGUCAAGGCCAGAAUGACGAAAACGAAGCUCUACCUUACCGUGACGUGAGAAGUCUGUACCAGGCCACGGAUUCGGGCAGACCGCCAGCAGAAAUAAGUUUCGGGCUCCGAAAUAUGGACGCAAGUCAAUCGCCCACUAGCGACAGGGCAUCUGACACCCCCCACGGCAACGGGGAGGGGGCCGAGAAGGCGCGGCUCGCCCGCCUGUGGGGGGCGCUGGACUCGCGACUGCUGAAGCCGCUGCUGACGCACGCGCGGCCGCCGCUCACGGAGACGCUGCCCGCCUUCCUGCGCCCGCUCGCCAGCCUGCUCACCACGACACGCCAGUACACGCAGGGCGAUAACGGCCUCCGACGGACCGAUUCUGACUCCGACCUUUGUAUUGACGAACCACAACCAGUUCCAACCAGUAUUGACCCACAGCAACUGUGGCCCGGACUUGUGGAUACAAGAAUCUCAGUAGAAGGUAUCACAGGAAGUAACAUU